AUGAGGCGCAUCUUCAAGGUUACCUCGGAGCUUUAUCCCAACGCGACCGUCAACGAGGUCGUCGUCCCCAACUCCAAGUCCUUUGAGAUCUAUGUCACCCACAACGGUUCCAAGAACAAGCUGAUCUGGAGUGGAAAGGCCCAUGCUCCCCCCAAGCGGUUGGCGUUCCCUGAUUCAAGUGUCUAUCUCGACUUGUUGAAGGCCGAGCUCAAGGACAAGUAG